AUGAAGAUAUUAAAGAGAAUUUUACCAUCUGUAAAUUAUAUUCAACAAGAAAUAUCAUCUGAUCAAAUUGAUAUUGAAUUGGAUGCUGAACUUGAAGAUAUUAAAGAUCUUCUUGAUAUUUUACCUGAAUCUGUCAUUCCAUUUUUAGUUCUUAAUGAAGAAAUUAUAUCUGAUAGUGAACCUGAAUUAGAAUUAAUUGGUAUAAAAGAAGCAGCAUAA